ACAUUCUCCUCGUUUAAUUAGAAAAAUGAGGAUAAUACUGUUACUCUCUUUACUUCAUCUUGGAUACACACAGGAUUGUCAAUCAGAGCUACCGCCUCUGCCUGAAUAUUUCCACGCCAACCUGCAGUACAACAUUAAAAAUGAUCUGAGAUACUACAGGAAGAACAAAGCUACAAACAAGAUGAUGGAAGAACAUAAAGCAGGAAUGUCGUUUUUAAUUGAAGAAUCUGUUGAUAAUAGACUUAGAACUGCGUCUGUGAUCUUUGUUUCUGAACAAAUUCACAAUGGUGUUCCAACAACUAUCUGGGACAAGAUAAUCUGGAACGAUGCGUUGACCGGAGUUAAAAACUUUGUCAAUCAUGUUAUUGUGGGACACCCUCUCGGAGAGGAGUUUUGUUUAACCGAUUCCACUAUGAUGGAUGGUAAUCUGGACUGGAUCUUUGGGAUUGAACCAGAUUGUGAGUUAGGGCAUGAUGAAUGUGGGUUACCCUCUGUAGCUAAUAUGCUCCAUACUGCAGGCUGCUGGAAUAAAACUGGGGUAGCCACAAUUAGAGGAGUGGAAACUAUAGAGUACACUAGUUCUGAUCUUUAUGUUGAGAGUUUAAAUGCAACCCUAGGAAUAAAAUACUAUUGGUCAGAUUUGUCUAAAUGGGUGAGUUCAAGUGGAAGUGGUAAAUCUGUUCCUAUAACUGCUCUACUACGAGGUUCAGGGCCUAAUGGAGAAUCUAUUGAUUUAGAGAUUGAUUACCAGAGCUUUUUCGAGGUUGAACAGGGGUUUUCCUCGUUCUAUCCACCAGAGAAAAUGUAUUGUGAAGGCCGAGAUCUUACAGAAACUAUUCAACAUAAAUUCCCAACUAAUUUUGAUUUUGGAUCAGAACUAGUUCUUGAACAUAAGUUUGCAGAAGAACACACACACAGGAUCAUUUCCUCAAGACAUGAAUGGUAUGAUUUUAGUUUCAAUAUCAGCAGGAUCGACUACAAGCCCAUUGGAGAACUUCAGGAUCCCUUUGCGGGCGGAGACGGCCUAGUUUCUGAAAUUAUGGAUUUUAACGUCGGGUUGAACUUUAUAAUUGAUCAGACAUAUGGAAACUGUACGAUAAAAAAGCUCGGACGAGACCCGUUUCUGCCAGGAGAUGUUACUGUAGAUGAGAAUGGACAUAUUAUCAUGGGAAAUCCUAUUACAUAUUUCCACUUGGAUCACAAGUUUGCAUAUAACGGAGAGUAUUAUGACCGUGGUAUUAUGAUGGACACCUUUGUUUCAACAUAUAAAGUUAGUGAAGAUAUGAACUACACGACGGUAGUGUACACUGCAGCUAAAAGAUACUUAAACGGAGAGACGGGAGCAGGGGAAGAUGCUGUUCCUCUUAAAAUCAUUCAAUAUCCUUCAAAUCAAUACAAUAAUAAACACGUCUGGACGGUUUAUAACAUUUAUCAAUUUAAAGCUUCCUAUGAUGGAUUCCAGGAUUUUGAUAUAUCAGCGUGUUACGAGGAAACUGAAAAAAUGAGAUUGGCUGUUCGCUUCCCACUCUCUAAUGAGAUAGAUCUAGAGGUUGGAAUUCAAGAGUUUAUAAAAGUAACAAAUCUCCUAGUAGCCUACCAUGGACAUGUUGCUCCAAUUAGAAUUCAAAAAAUAGAGACGAUUGUGCUGGAAGGAAAGAACAGUUUUGAAUUAAUAUUUACUGUAGUUGGACCUCCACCCUUUGAUAUAGGGGCCAACGAACUCCCAAUAGAUUACACAACACCUAAUAAGGAUAUAAAAGAAUCACUCACAUCAUCAGUGAACAGUGGUACAUUUGUUCUUUUACUACUCGGAGUUGACAAUAGUGUCAAGAAUAUUACAGCUGUUCCUAACAGUCUUCACGAGGUUGACAGCCAGGGCGGGGGAGGUGGAGGAGGAGGAACUAAUGUUGAUUAUCAACAAGGAUAUACAUCAGGUGCAAUGGCAGGUCUUGCUUUUGGAAUGAUAUUCCUAGGAAUGGCGGUGUCUGGAGGAGUUUAUUUCGUACUGUUUAGGAAUAAUGUGAGGUCAGGACUACCAGUUAUGAGAGGGAUAGAUAAUCCGUUGGCAGGCCUGGCUAACCUGGGGAAGUAGAUACAUGUUUAAACAUGUUUUGUAACUUUAUUCUUGAAAUAAAUUAAUAGAUAACAGUCAAA